UAUGCUCCACUGGGAGUUUACAGGAAUAACAAAAAAAAAUAAUAAUAUGUAUCAUUCAAAUGUCGUUAAUACAAAAGGCAAUAUAAAAUGUUAACAAAAAAUACAAAUUUUAAUACUUACUGUAAAGCAGUAAUAUUUCGUUUCAUUUUCUUACUUAAAUUUAAAAAUUAGCAAGUAAACCUAAAACUAAAACUUUUAAAUUGGUCUAAAAAACGUUAAUAGAAGAAUAGGGAUAUAAUAUCUAAUUGUUAGUUUGUAGAACUAUAAGAUGAUUGUUUCAAGUUAAUCAGAUAAAAAUGAAAUAUUAGAUUAAAUAUUGACACAUUUGAGUUGUUUUUAUUUGUAUUUUGUAACCUUUGUGUUUGUAAGAUAAUGGCAACUUAAUUCAGUGGGGUAUUUUUCCUUAUUACAUGGCCCAGUGUAUUUCUACUUAUGCUUUUAGAAUUUGACAUGUUGUUUCACCCAACUAUUUUUAUUUCUUGGAAGUUUAGCCAAUUGACGGUUCAGAAAACCUAAUUUGUUGAAUUAUGUUUCUGAUUUCAUUUUAUACUUGCAGGAAUUAGUCAGACAUUAAUUAAUAGAAGACAAUGGUGUAACAGUAAACUGAUUUAUCAGUCUGGUACUCUGUGAUACUAAUAAUAUAUAGAUUGGUGUGUUCAUGUAAUAAAUAUUUGAUUAUAUUAAAAUAUAACAAGCUUUUUAUAUUUUUUCCUGUCUAUGACUGUAGGUAAAUCACCUGCAUCAUGGAAACACAAGCAAAGAAGCUCCUUGCAGUUGUGGUUUUUGGUUCCAUCUCUACUUAUGGAUAGAAGGAUGGCAAGUGCCUCUUCAACAUGGAUAGCAGGGUGUGCAAGUUUGCAGUAGGCAUCGGAAUAAUAGCAUUUUUAGGUAGUAUUGGUUUCUUGGUGGCAGAAGCAAUGUUUGAGAAGUUUUCAAGCAUCAAAAUUCAAAAACGACUGGUUUUAUUUGAUCUAGGAUUUUCAGGUCUGUUGGCUUUGAUGUUUUUAGUUGGGUUUUGCUACUUGUCUAAUGAAUGGCGUCAUGCAUAUGAUCCCAGAAUUCAUUGUGACUUAUGUAAAAUUAGAACGGCUCUAAUUUCAACACUGGUUUCUAUUUUUCUCUGGGCUUGUUGUGCAUACCUUGCUUUUCAACAAUAUUGUUCAUCAUUUGAUACAAGUUUUAAUCCUUAUCCUUCUGAAGACCUUGUUGUUGAUUCCUACAGUAUUUUUUAUAAUGAACCUUAAUGUGAUUAACCUUAAUGUGAUUAAACUGGAUGCAGUGGAGAUGUAGCCAUCAUUUUUUAGGACUAAUAUUAUGUUUUAUACCACUAUUUAAUUACUCAUGGUGGAGAUGUAGUUAAAAUUGUUUAGUUUUAGUGAUUGCUUUCUUAUGAUGGAACCCACUAAAUAAAACAUUUAUUUAUAUUUACUUUGUGUAUUCAUAUACAUAGGUUAAACAUGAUGUAUGUGUUUUAUCAAUUGUAUUUUGAAGAUGUCAUUGCUUUAUAAUCAAUUAACAUUCAUUUAAACCAUAUUAUAUCAGCAUGGGUCAGUUCAGUAAAAAAAUAAUUUGCUCUUGUUUAUUUACAUUUGUGUACUUUGAAGAAGUGUUUUGUUAAAUUCUUAGUUAUUAAUAAGCAUAGUUUUUUCAUAAGUUAUUUUGACUAAAUGGUAAAGAGGUAAUUCUGAGUUGUUUGUCAUAAGCUCUUAAUUAUUUUGUGUAAACAGGACCCUGUGCAUCAGUUCCUUAUGGAAGAUAUAUUUCUUUAAUGUCAUUUGGUAACAAUAAUACAAAAACAAGGAAGAUCAAAGUUUUUUCAAUGAAGCGUUAGUGUUUGCAUUAAUUUUAUAUUCUUUAGUGACCAAAUGGUGUUCAGGCAAUUUUUAAACAAAUUGGUUUAGCUGGAAACUAUUGAAUUAAUUUUUGGUAAUUGGUUGUAUAUAAACUGUUUCUAACUUGCAUUUUUCAAAUACACACACACACACACU